AUGAUCACGGACGUGCAACUGGCUGUUUUUUGCAACAUCCUCGGCGCUACCUUAUUCUGUUUAGUAUUCUUCUUUCAUUAUAUAAAUGCGAACUACUCGAAAUGAAGAAAUACGACAUUACUUUUAAACAUAACCUUAAGUAUGUCAGCACGAAUUUUCGCACGUAAAGAUGGAGUUGCAUAUCUACAUAUUGUAUUUGAAGUUGUACGAAUGAUGUCUAUUACUUAAUGUAAAUGUUUUUAAGUUUAUAAAUAUAUUCUAC